AUGGUCUCUGGGCAUGGUGCUUCGCCCGGGAAUGGUAUCACCGGGGGUUAUACCGGCAACGACAUUGGUUUUAAGAUUGCCAUUGCGACCCUCGCCGCCGUCACCUGGUACAAUGCUAUCGAACUCAUUAUCCUCGUCUUCGUCACCUUCAGCCAGUACCAUGGCCUUUACUUCUGGAGUUUGUUCAUCGCGUCCUCAGUCGGUCUCGUGCCCUACCAGGUUGGCUUCCUGCUGAAGUUCUUCAACUUAACCGACCAGACAUGGCUCUCGGUCACCUUCAUCACCAUCGGCUGGUGGGCGAUGGUCACCGGCCAGUCCCUGGUUCUCUAUUCGCGACUGCAUCUGGUCUUGGACAAUGCACGCAUUCUCCGCCGCGUGCUUGCCAUGAUCAUCGUGGACGCCAUUAUCCUGCACAUUCCUACCACUGUUUUAACUUAUGGAUCCAACCUGGCCGGUGGCCGGGCCGCCUACAUCAACGGAUACAACAUCAUGGAGAAGAUCCAGAUGACCGGCUUUUGUAUCCAGGAAUUUAUCAUCUCCGGUCUGUACAUCUGGGAAACAAUCCGCAUGCUCCGCCUGGACCCCGACAGAGGCAAGCGCAAAAUCAUGUACCAGCUGGUCGCCAUCAACCUGGUCAGUAUCCUGAUGGAUGUCGGCCUGCUGGUGGUUGAGUAUAAAGACAUGUACAUCAUGGAGACGAUGAUCAAAGGCGUGGUAUACAGCAUCAAAUUGAAAUUGGAAUUCGCCGUGCUGGGCAAGCUGGUGCACCUCGUCCGCAGCCAUGUCUGGAAGCCCGAGUCGGUCACCCGCCGCACGUCGGACUUCCCCGAUUUCGUCGACGCAACCCGGGUUACAUCCGAUCUCACCCAUGCAAUGCCAGCCGCACGCAACCGCACGCACCCCUGGAUGGACACGGACGACGUAUCGAUCGCCAUGUUCGAGCAUUCAGGGCUUUCCCGAGACCAAGAGACCGGCCGCUCGGACGUGUCGCAUUCAUGGAGCGGCGAAACCCACACCAAUCAUCCGUAUCCCGAUCGAGAACUUAGUCCGGUGGACUUUACCUCCCUACAUCAGCAGAAGAGCCUCCCAUCCAAAACAUCAACCGAUAGCCCGGGAUGA